UUGAAACGUUAAUUACCUCAGGGACUCAGCUGCUCCUACACUUUCUGUUGUUGCUAAUGAAAUGAGCUGGUUCAUUAUGACUUUCUUUAAAGUUCCUAUGAAAUCAAAACUGAAGUAUUUUGGCUGGCAGUAUAAGUAUGUUAAGGGUUUAUCUAUAAGAUGCUGCAAAACAAUGGCAAAAUUCAAAUUUAGAAGAUAUAAGCAUCAUGAUUCUUAUGACAUCACACUGCACUUCAGCUUCUCAUCAGAUUUUCUGUCCGAUCAAAUGCUCUCUAGAAUCCAAAGUGUCCCGCCCUCUACACAAUAAAUAGACUUUAAAGCUGCCGCUGAAAUUGGUCUCUUGUUUACAGAAAAAUAAUUUUCUAUAUGGCGAAUGGCACAUAGCACACCAUUGUUGGGAACAAUUCAGACAGCACAAAUAUGCUUUCCAUUGAGAUCAUAUUAGGUAUACGUGCCCAGACAACGAUUUCUACCAAGGGGGGCCGAAUUUCAUACUUUUUUUUUUUUUGGUAUUACUAGUUAAAGAUGGAAUAUCACCACCCACCUCUACCCACCACUUCCUUUUGCUUAACUUGUCUGUCUGUGGUCAAAGUGACGACAUAUAAUCUACAGAAAAUGUUUCCAGGAAAAUAUGGUGGUCACUACACAUGCCUAGUUUUAUUUUUAUUCUCUUCAAUCCUUAUAUGGGCAAAAGCAUGUGCAAUUCUAAAACCACCCUACUAGACUAUAUGUUGCAAAAUCUGUGAUUCACUGAUCAAUCGAUGUGGUGGACAAAAACAAAACAAAAAAAACAAAAAAAAAAAAAAAAAAAAAAAAAAUAAUGAUCUUCAUUUCAUUUGGGUCAUGUAUGUUUUCUGAAGCUCCUUGUGUGGGAAGCAUCCAAGAAAGAGGAAGAAACAUGUUUGUCUGCUUGGGUAUUUUAGAACAAACUGUGUUCAUCAUGUCAAAUCAGUUUACUGCCCGCUGGAGAUCAGACUCACCAGAACACGUGAUGUCAGUCAGAAUGGCUCCUCCUCUUGCUCUGGUGAUUCUGCUCAUGAUUCAAGGAAAUUAUGGCCAGUGUGGUUGGAAUGGUUACAGGCCUUCAUACAUGUGCUGUUACACUUGUCCAUACCCACACAAUCACUACCCCUCAUCAUCUAAUGGGCAGCCUAAUAUCGGAUAUAAACCAGUGAUCUUCAUUAGUCCAUCUGGUGAAAUAGUGGAGGGAGAUUCAGUGACUCUGAUCUGCAACAGUGAUUCAAACCCACCUGCAGAAAUCAGAUGGUUUAAAGGAGAAACAUUUGUAGGAUCUGGAAGAAUCUACAGCAUCUCAAAGAUCAGCUCUGAUCACAGUGGAGAAUACAAGUGCAAAUCCAGAAAUGAACAUGGAGAGAAAUACUCUGAUGCUGUGACCUUAAACGUCAUGUAUCCUCCAAAGAGUGUCUUAUUGUCCAUCAGACCACCUGGUGAAAUAAUGGAAGGAGAUUCAGUGACUCUGAUCUGCAGCAGUGAUUCAAACCCACCUGCAGAAAUCAGAUGGUAUAAAGGAGGAACAUAUGUGAAAUUUGGACAAACCUACAGGUUCUCAAAGAUCAGCUCUGAUCACAGUGGAGAAUACAAGUGCAAGUCCUUAAAUGAACAUGGAGAGAAAUACUCGGAUACUGUGACCUUAAACGUCAUGUACCCACCCAGAAGAGUCUUAGUAUCCAUCAGUCCAUCUGGUCAAAUACUGGAGGGAGAUUCAGUGACUCUGACCUGCAGCAGUGAUUCAAACCCACCUGCAGAAAUCAGCUGGUUUAAAGGAGGAACAAUUGUAGGAUCUGGAAGAAUCUACAGCAUCUCAAAGAUCAGCUGUGAUCACAGUGGAGAAUACAAGUGCAAGUCCAUCAAUAAACAUGGAGAGAAAGAUUCUGAUGCUGUCACUCUUAACAUCAUGUACCCACCCAGAAGCGUCUCAGUGUCCAUCAGUCCAUCUGGUGAAAUAGUGGAGGGAGAUUCAGUGACUCUGAUCUGCAGCAGUGAUUCAAACCCACCUGCAGAAAUCAUCUGGUUUAAAGGAGGAACGAUUGUAGGAUCUGGAAGAAUCUACAGCAUCUCAAAGAUCAGCUCUGAUCACAGUGGAGAAUACAAGUGCAAGUCCAGAAAUGAACAUGGAGAGAAAUAUUCUGGUGCUGUGACUCUAAACGUCAUGUACCCACCCAGGAGCGUCUCAGUGUCCAUCAGUCCAUCUGGUGAAAUAGUGGAGGGUGAUUCAGUGACUCUGAUCUGCAGCAGUGAUUCAAACCCACCUGCAGAAAUCAGCUGGUUUAAAGGAGGAACGAUUGUAGGAUCUGGAAGAAUCUACAGCAUCUCAAAGAUCAGCUGUGAUCACAGUGGAGAAUACAAGUGCAAAUCCAUCAAUAAACAUGGAGAGAAAGAUUCUGAUGCUGUCACUCUUAACAUCAUGUACCCACCCAGAAGCGUCUCAGUGUCCAUCAGUCCAUCUGGUAAAAUAGUGGAGGGAGAUUCAGUGACUCUGAUCUGCAGCAGUGAUUCAAACCCACCUGCAGAAAUCAACUGGUUUAAAGGAGGAACGAUUGUAGGAUCUGGAAGAAUCUACAGCAUCUCAAAGAUCAGCUCUGAUCACAGUGGAGAAUACAAGUGCAAGUCCAGAAAUGAACAUGGAGAGAAAUAUUCUGGUGCUGUGACUCUAAACGUCAUGUACCCACCCAGGAGCGUCUCAGUGUCCAUCAGUCCAUCUGGUGAAAUAGUGGAGGGAGAUUCAGUGACUCUGAUCUGCAGCAGUGAUUCAAACCCACCUGCAGAAAUCAACUGGUUUAAAGGAGGAACGAUUGUAGGAUCUGGAAGAAUCUACAGCAUCUCAAAGAUCAGCUCUGAUCACAGUGGAGAAUACAAGUGCAAGUCCAGAAACAAACAUGGAGAGAAAGACUCUGAUGCUGUGAUGCUGGAUGUGAUGUAUCCUCCAAGAAAUGUAGUGGUGUCCAUUAAUGGAUCUGCUGAAAUAGUGGAAGGUGAUUCAGUGACUCUGAUCUGCAGCAGUGAUUCAAACCCACCUGCUCUGAACUUCAGCUGGUUUAAGGAGGAUGAAUCCUCAUCUGUUGGAUCUGGACAGAGUUUCAGUGCACUACAGAGUGGACGCUUCUACUGUGAGGCUCACAAUCAACAUGGAUCUCAGAGAUCAGACGCUGUUACUGUCAAAGUUCAUCAUGGUGCUGAUAGCAAUGUGAUUGUGAUCACAGCUGCAUCUGGAGGAGUAUUCAUCAUCAUCAUUGUCAUCAUCAUUAUACUAUUUAUAAAUCUGAAAAAAACAAACCAAAAAUCUGCUAAACACGAGUAUGAGAACGAAGUUCCCAGUGUAGUAGGCUCAUAUAUAGGUCUUGAUCCCAGGUCCAGAUCUUCAGAGCCGUACAACAUACUCAUACCACGUAUUGAGAUGCCAUGGUAAGAGAA